GUCAAAAUUCAUUUUCGAGCUGCGUCAGUGCACGGCCACUUCCAAAAUUCCAAGUCCGGUGAAGUACAUAGGCCCAGCUUCAUCUAGAUAGUUUUCAGGAUCGGAACUGACGCGUCACGUUUCGAGUUUUGUGGUGGGAUUGACGACUCGACCGGGUUUGCAGACUAUCAGCUGUACGGUACCGGUACGCAUAGCGCUCAUUCACACGCAACAACGUCGUCACGAACGACAGGUUAUUGCAACACUCUCUCUGCAGUGGAGUGCCAACCGGCAAAAUUAAGUGAUUGUCUUUCACUAAUUUGCGAGACUUUAACAAUUCCAUUUGUUCAUCUUGGAUCGCUUGAAACACCAGCAUCAAGAUGUCGUCAAUCCUACGUGGGUUUAUAAUACGCCAAGCGUAUAAUUUCAGUAAAACACUCGCCAGCAUGCCGGCGUGCAGUGUCAGCUCCCAGGCGGCCCCUGUGUCCACGAUAGUCAACGGCAAACUCAACGACCUGCAGCCCCACGUCCGGGAGUACGUCCUGGAGAAAGCAGAGGUAUGCCAGCCGGACAACAUCUACAUCUGUGACGGCUCGGAAGAAGAGAACAAGGCCCUCUUGGCACAGAUGGAAAAGGAAGGCAUUAUCAAGAGACUCACCAAAUAUGACAACUGCUGGUUGGCAAGGACAGACCCCAAAGAUGUUGCCCGUGUAGAGAGCAAAACAGUCAUCUCAACCCCCUACGAGAGAGAUACAGUUCCCAUCCCCAAGGAGGGAGUGGAGGGGACGGUAGGGAAGUGGAUGGCACCAGGGGACCUCAAGAAGGCCAUUGAUGAACGCUUCCCCGGAUGCAUGAAGGGGAGGACUAUGUACGUGGUACCAUACAGCAUGGGACCCUACGGAUCGCCACUCUCUAAGAUUGGCAUCGAGCUGACGGACUCCCCCUACGUAGUGGCCAGCAUGCGCAUCAUGACACGCAUGGGCAAGAAAGCUCUGGACGUGCUCGGCGACGGAGACUUUGUCAAGUGUCUGCACUCGGUCGGACAACCACUUCCCAUGGAGAAGCCCCCAGUCAACAACUGGCCCUGCAACCCAGAGAAGACGUUAAUAUCCCACAUCCCAGACAACAGAGAGAUCAUGUCCUUUGGCAGCGGCUACGGCGGCAACUCUCUCCUGGGCAAGAAGUGCUUUGCCCUCCGCAUCGCCUCAAGAAUAGCCAAAGACGAGGGCUGGUUGGCCGAACACAUGCUGAUCCUCGGACUGACGAAUCCCCAAGGGGAGAAGAAGUACAUCGCGGCAUCGUUCCCCAGCGCCUGCGGCAAGACCAACUUAGCCAUGAUCAUGCCGAGCCUGCCGGGCUGGAAGGCCGAGUGCGUCGGCGACGACAUCGCCUGGAUGAAGUUCGACAAAGAGGGACGUCUGCGCGCCAUCAACCCGGAAUACGGCUACUUUGGCGUGGCCCCGGGGACGUCGGAUAAGACCAACCCGAAUGCGCUGGCGACCUGCCUUAGCAAUACGGUGUUUACCAAUGUAGCGGAGACCAGUGAUGGAGGAUUCUACUGGGAGGGGCUUGAGGAUCAGACGCCGAAGGAUGUUUCAAUCACAACUUGGCUGGGCAAAGGAAACUGGAACAAGUCGACCGGCGUACCAGCCGCCCACCCCAACUCCAGGUUCUGCGCCCCGGCGUCACAGUGCCCCACCCUGGACCCGGCCUGGGAGGACCCAGAGGGCGUGCCCAUCGACGCCAUCGUGUUUGGCGGGAGGAGACCAAAAGGAGUCCCCCUUGUCUACGAAGCCUUCAACUGGCAACACGGCGUCUUUGUAGCGGCUGCUAUGAGGUCAGAGGCCACGGCUGCUGCCGAGCACAAAGGCAAAGUUAUAAUGCACGACCCCUUCGCAAUGCGCCCGUUCUUCGGCUACAACGUUGGCCAGUACUUCCAGCACUGGCUGGACUUUGAGCACAAGCCGGACCUCAAGCUGCCCAAGCUCUUCCACGUCAACUGGUUCCGGACCAGCGAGCAGGGCAAAUUCCUGUGGCCGGGCUUCGGCGAGAACAUCCGGGUCCUGGACUGGAUCCUGAAGCGCUGCAACGACGAGGACAUUGCCAGGCCGUCGUCGAUCGGCUACGUCCCGAAGGAGGGCUCCCUCAACGUCGAGGGCUUGGACAAACCAGUGGACAUGGACGCCCUGUUUGACCUCCCGAAAGACUUCUGGAUGGAGGAAGUCCAGCAGAUCAGGAAAUACUUUGACGACCAGUUGAACGUGGACCUGCCAAAGGGCAUCGCGUCCGAGUUGGACUCGUUGGAAGAGCGUGUAAAAUCCAUGUAAAGUCAGACACCAACUCACCCCUCAAAGACCUUAGUGCAUAACAUCGCUAGAGGCAUUGUGCUAUAUCUGAAAUUCGGGAUCAACCCCUUGAAUUGAUUUUAUUUUCGAGUGGUGCACAUGAAAAGCUCACUCUACAAUGAGAGUGCUAUAGUCUCAAGGUAAGACUGCUGGAAUUACAGUUGAAAGGCUUGUGGUUUGAAACCCGCCUGCCUUGAAGAAGCCAAAGCAAAUUUGUCGCUGAACCAUUUUUUUCGUGGUUCUCUACCAAGCACCUAAUUUUAAUUGGUUGGCAUGUUGCCAACUCAGCCUUCUUUAGAACCACCUCAUGGCUUUAAUUUCCAGACAAUAGGCAUUUUUUUUUGUGCUGCUUUAUUCCCCCAGAAUUUUAAGUUAACAAUCACUCAAUUUAAACUUGCAGUAUGUAUUUAUAAUGAAAGUUUAGAUGAGCACAGAGUAACUUUAUUUUUUAAUGAAAAAAAUCUUUAUUCUAAUUUUUCUAACACGAACUAACUAAUACUUUCACAAGAACUUUGAUAAAUUCAAUCGAUUAUUGUAGUAGUAGUUUGACUUCUGAUAUUUAAACGAUAUCUGUACAUUUGUUUUUAUUUUAUCAGACUUAUGGUUUGAUUGGUGGUGCAAAUAAUUUCUUUAGGAAUUUUUUGUAUGUAAGUAAAUGUAUCUAGUUGGUAUAUAUAAUCAGGAUUGUUUCCAUCUAUUUAUGUAAAUUACAAUUCCUUUAUAAGGAAUUGCUUACGCGGAGUUGUAAUCGAGCGGAUCACAAUGCUAUCACAAGUCUAUCAUAAGUAAGUCACAAGUCAAAUCGUAAGUCCAUCAUAAGUAAGUCUCAAUUCAGAUCACAAUAGACCUUAUGCGUACGAUGUCAUCAGUCUUAUAGAGAGAUGCACAACAUGACCUCACUGAGGUCAAAUCUCGCAUUUAAGUUUACUGUGGGAAAACGGCUGUGCAUACCCUCUAUUGACAGGUGAUGAACAAUGACAAAGGAAUGCCGUUCUCAUAGUCCAUUUGAAUAGCUCGUAAUUUGACUUGACGCUGGAAUGACUUGUGAUUGACUUGUGCUGACUUGUUUCCAACUCUGUCCUGACUAUUUGUAUUUCUUAUUCGAAUAAGUAACUGUCGGUCCCCUAAUUACCUUGAAUCCAUCGAAUAAAUACCUAGGGUGCCUCCCGUUUACCCAAAGAUUGCCAAUAGUCGCAAUCAUUUUU